GCAGGAGAUGUGCUCCAGGGAGGAGCACUGGGGGCAGGCAGGAAAAGCUCCUGCUGCCAUCCUGGAGAGCAGCAUGAGGCACUCAGAGCACUUGGGCUGAAAAACGGGGGGAAGAGAGAGAGGGAGGAACAAAAAUCAAGAAAACCUUCCAGAGAGGAAGACUUCCUUGGGAACGACAGGGCCCCAGGACUUCAAUGAAAGGAGUGCCUGGAAAGCUCAAGCAGAAAGCUCAGCCUCUUAACAGCGGCUCCAGAGAGCGCCGUUAACUGGGAUUAAGAAAAGUCAACUAAUGCUUCCCAGCGCCAGGAUUCCAGCAGCACGGAGCCUCCCGAGGCGGAGAACCGCGGCGGCGAACCCAGCGGGCUGUGCCGGCUGCCUGUCCCCGCGGAUGCCGUUCCAGCCCGGCUUUGUGAGCAUCCCUCGCCCGCAGCGCAGCGAGGGGCGCUGAGCGCGGCCGGCCCGAGCCGCGGCCGCUCCGCCCCGGCGCUGCCCGGCGCUCGCAGCUCCCGCGCAGCACAUCCCGCCGGAUCCGCACAUCACAUCCCGCCGGACCCGCAGCACAUCCCGCCGGACCCGCAGCACACCCCGCCGGACCCGCAGCACACCCCGCCGGACCCGCAUCACACCCCGCCGGACCCGCAGCACAUCCCGCCGGACCCGCAGCACAUCCCGCUGACCCGCAGCACACCCCGCCGGACCCGCAGCACACCCCGCCGGACCCGCAGCACACCCCGCCGGACCCGCAGCACAUCCCGCUGACCCGCACAUCACACCCCGCUGACCCGCACAGCACAUCCCGCCGGACCCGCACAUCACAUCCCGCCGGAUCCGCACAUCUCCCCAGACCAGGCGUGCUGGGGGAACAAGGACACGAGGUACCUGUAUCAUUUUUGAUUCAUAUUCGUGGAUAAAUGCUGUAAAUAUGAGCCAAGGAGGUUUAAAAGAAAGUCACUGAGCCAUGCAAGUGAAUUGAUUUGUUUCAGACAACAUGCGGCUGGGCUGCAUCCUUUUGCAAGCAGGAACAUUAUUUCUUUCCUAUGCCAAAGACUGACUGCGUUUGCCCUCCCGUUUUACUUCUGUUGUGGAAGAAAUUUAAGCAAGAACAUGUAUAGUGAAUUGCUGAAUUCCACCAGUGCCACUGAAGCUCACCUAAUGAUUCAGACCAACACGCCCUACCUGAGCAGCACUCCGAGACCCGUGAGCUCCUCUGCUCUUUACAUGUCGACAGCCAGGGUGUUAAAAGAAGGGGAAAUAAAUAAGCCAGACCUGGUGACUUACAUCAUUCUAUUUUUCUUUCUGUUCUUGACUGUGACAUUCAUUGUGUUCUUCAUAAACUGCCAGCUGAAAAAUUCUUUUUUUGCUACUCUUCCUUAUGACAGAUCGCUCAGGGAGGCGAGGAACCCGUGGAGGACACAAGCUGUCUGACACUUCUCAUUCCAGCAGAAGCAGGCACCACAAGCCCUGUGCAAAAAGGAGCUAGUGCCAUGUGCCAGUGCAUGGAUGUGACCCCCUUUAGAGUAGGGGGCAGGAGGAGAUUGCUCAAAAUCAUGCUGUAUGCCAAUCUGAGUAGCUGUAAAUAAAAAGCUCUGUUAUGAACUGAAGAGAAUGCUUUAGCAAAUUUAUACAGUUUUUGCAAAAAAAUUGCCCCGUGAUUCCAGAUUAAGCUCGGUAUGUAUGCAAAUGUCAUCAUCCACCCAUUCAGUGUCCAUACAAGGAUAACUGUAUUAACAACAAUCUCUGAUUUGGGCAUCUGGUGGAGCUUGUUCCCCCAUGUUUAUGAAACCAAGCAUCAAAUGUAAAAAACCAGUGUGUUUACCUAACAGCUCCACAGAGAUGAGUUUACUUUCCAGACCCGUUUCUCCCAACUGCUGCUGGAACUGCAUGGUGAUGCUGUGGGAGGCCUGUCAGGCAGGAGGAGAAAAAGAAAAAUGUUUAUUUAGGCUUUUGAUUGUCAUUCUGUUAAGAGUGUUUUUGAUGUUUGAAUGCAUCAUCGAUCAAGUCUUAAGUUACUAUUUAUGUGAAACACUUAUCACCUAAGGAAUUUAUUUUCAUCUUUCAUAAGCUGCAAAGGAAAUUAUUUGCCACAGCAUGAAACCAAAAUAAUCAGGAUGGGGAGAAGUGGGGAAAGAAAAUUAAUAUAUUUAAUAUUAUGCAAACUAAUGAAAAGUGUGAGCAGAAUGCUCCAAGUUUGAUACACAAAGUGGAUAAGUUCUGAAAGCCAUAAAACACAGCUUUAUAGGAAUAGUAGCUUUACUUUAUCACUUCUUGUUCUUCAUCUAAACCUGGCCCAGCAUGAAUUAUCAAUAUGACAACAGCUUGAUUCAACCCUGGUCACUGGCACCCCAUACCAUUUCAAAUUACUAUCUGAUUUUGUUCUAAAAUCAGAACAAAAAAAGAUUCUGCUUAACACUGGUAGGUGACAAUCUAUUUGGUACAUGAUGAUUUCCUGUAAACUUGCAGUUACAACACAAUUCCAAAUCAAGCUGCAUGAACCUGGGAAGUGUCCAUAAUUCCCACAAACAGCAGGCAAAGUGCUUUUUUUUUUUUUUUUUAAUAUUAAAUUGUUCAACACACAGGAGAAUUGCAACUAUCCAGAAACACCCAGUCCUAAACCCUGUUUUAGCUACACUUUUGGAUUUUGGAUCAUCUGAAAUGGGGUUCAAAGUGGUGUCAGAUGCUGCUCCUAAUCCUGUUCUUGACCUGCAGAAUUCUCCAGAGGAGCUGUGUGUAUAGAUGUCUACAUAACUUAUUUCAUCCAAAGGAGGAGAUUUUACAAUGCAAUUACACACACAUACAGGCUUGCACUCAAGAACACAGAUAAAAUGUGUAUAUAUGGAAGUCGGUUUGCAAGCUUCUUUUUUAACCCAAAAAUUGCACAGUUGAUAAGACUUCCAUGUCAUUGGCUUUGUUACCAUGUUUUAUUUUGCUCCAAUAAGCCAAACUACUAAAUAACAGAUUUCAAUAUUUUAUUCCUGGAUAUGUGGCCAAUAUUUCCUCUGAACCAAAUUUAACUGGUGUAAUUCCAAUUAAUGCAGAAAGCAACAAUGUGUAUUUCUCUCCGCUCUUUUUGAAUAAAUCAAGUUUUAUCAAA